UUUGCAGGAGGUAUAAGAUGGCAUUACACCAUUGAAUGUUAUUAACUUCUUCAUCCACUUCCACAACUCAAAAUGAUUCUUCUGAUCUUCCUCGGAUGAUGAUGCUCCAACUAUGCUACAUGUGAAGGGAUUUCUGAAAAUAACUUGAGGAAGAGAAAAAGAUUGCAACAAGUUAUGAUCAAAAAGGGAGAUGGAGAAUGAUAUGGAGGGUGUGCAUUGGUGCAACAUAUGCUUAAAAAUGGUGAACCCAAUGAAUGAUGCAGAGAACAUGUGCCCAUUUUGUGAGACAGAAUUUUCUGAGGUAAUGGACAACCUAAGGGACCAGAAUGAGGUCAUUGACUUAAGGUCAGCUUGGGUGUUCUCACUCUAUGCCCCAAUUUUUCUUGGUCUAAUGGGUGCUUUCAGCCCUUCUCUUGCAAGAAUUGCUCCACAUGGAGGCAGCACCUCAAGGGGGGAGGAAGAGGUUGAGCAAGAGAGGGAGAAUGAGCUUGUGCUGGGGAGAAGGAGAAGAACUUCAACCUACAUGAUGCACCUUUUUCGCGGUCUUCAUGUGAGGAUGGUGUCUGAAUUUGAAAGCCUUGAGGAAACUAGGAGCAUGGAUAGUAGUAGUAUCCUAGUGAUUGAUCCAUUCAAUGAGGGUGCAUUGAUUGUGAGAGGGCCUAACUUGAACCACACAAGUAGUCCAAGUGAGAGCACGGCUGUUGGAAGCUCCUUGAAUGACCUUGUGGUGGGAUCUGGGUUUGAUAUGCUGCUGCAGCAUUUGGCACAGAUUGGCCCUGGAGGGUAUGCAAGUGUUAACCCUCCAGCGCAGAAGGCUGCAAUUGAGGCAAUGCCUAGUGUGACUAGUGAGGAGAAGCUGCAGUGCACAGUGUGCUUGGAGGAUGUUGAGAUUGGGAGUGAGGCAAAGGAGAUGCCAUGUAAGCAUAAGUUCCAUGGUGACUGCAUUGUGUCAUGGCUCAAGCUUCAUGGUUCUUGUCCAGUUUGCAGGUUUCAGUUGCCAUCUGAGGAUUCUAAUGUUGAAGCCAAUGUGGGAAUGGGAAAUGGGGAACAUCAGAUUCAGAACAGUGAGAUAGUCAGAGCUGGAGAAGAGAGACCAAGAAAUGGAAGGAGGAAUUGGUUUCCAGUGCUGCAGUCAUUCAACAAUUUCCUUCCUUCUCCUUGAUCAAUACUUUGUUGGGUUUUAAAUUGCGGUUGUGGUUGUGGUUGAGGUUGCAAUCCUUUAUAUUAUAGGAAAUUGUGGACAAAUGCGAUCGAUGUCUUUGUGAUUGCGGUUGCAGAAAUUAUAAAAACUUUGACUUUGUGACUGAAAUUGUGGUUGCGGACUGUUUUUUAAAACCUUUUGUGGGGUAUAGUCAUCCUCACCCUCAGCAAGCAUGAACAGCUAAAUCUACAUAAUUGUCAUGCUUCUUAAAUCUUUACAAAUUGUACAUGUGUUUUAGAUUUCCUAGUCUGCCUUUCUUGUACCAUUCAAAUAUGUAUAUGUUUGUAAAUAUGUGCAAAAAAAGAGAGAAUAAAUUUUA